UGGUCACCUUGUAUAAUUGCUUUGCAUACUGUCAUGGCGGCACAGGCUCGCGCUGUGGUCUCAGCCCAAUGGCUAGCAGACGCCAUCAAAAACGGCCUGGUCGGCUCUAAAAUUCGGGUCCUGGACUCAUCAUGGUACCUACCCGUUACCAAAAGAGACCCGAAAGCGGAGUUCACUGAGAAGCACAUACCGGGCUCCUCGUUCUUUGAUAUAGACGAGUGUAGCGACCGGACUUCGCCGUACGACCACAUGUUGCCCACAGCCAGCCACUUUUCACGCUACGUGGGCGAGCUGGGUAUCGGCAACGACACUCAUGUGGUGGUGUACGACACCAACGGCUUCGGCUCGUACAGCGCCCCCCGCGUCUGGUGGAUGUUCCGGCUGUUCGGCCACAGCUUGGUGUCGGUGCUGGACGGGGGUAUGAAGAACUGGCAAGCCGAAGGUCGGCCGGUGACGUCGGAACAGGUGAAGCCGGAGCGCAGGGACUUCCAGGUGACCACGAACCCCGCGUGGGUGAAGACUUAUGAGAACAUGCUGGAGAACAUCAGGACCAAGCAGGUGCAGGUAGUGGACGCCAGGUCUGCGGGAAGGUUCAGGGGAAUCGAACCGGAGCCCAGAGAGGGCACCUUGCCAGGCCACUUCCCGGGUGCAGUCAACAUGCCAUUCACGUCCUUCCUGGAUGCCUCUGGAAAAUAUCUGGCCAAUGACGACUUGUCCACACUGUUCAAGGAGGCUGGGGUGAAACUGGACCAGCCGCUUUGGGCCACCUGCGGUUCUGGCGUCACGGCAUGCCUUGUCGUUCUGGCCGCUCACCUUCUGGGCCACCCGGGGGUGUGCGUUUAUGACGGCUCCUGGGCUGAGUGGUUUAAAAGGGCGUCUCCUGAGCAUGUCAUCUCAGAGGGAGAGGGAAAGAAGAUGUGAGGGCAGCCCACUAGAUCAGACUAGGAUGUCUUCUUGUGGUACCAAAAAAUAUGUUUGUUUCAAGUGAAGGAAACAUUUGCACUUUUAAGCCACGUUAGUGCUUUGUAGCAGUAAAUGAUUAAUCAUCUUUGCAGAGUUAAUGACUGCAGGUUGCAACACUAUUUCAGACAGCAUUUCAGAAAUGAGAAUAAAUGCUCACAAAAACAAAGAGUACUUAUUUUUAAUAAACAGAGCUGUAUUUUACAAACUGAAAUGCAUUAUUUUUCUGCUUUCUUAUAUGAUUCCAUGUAAACUUUGGCAGGCUCAUGUGUCAUUGAUUCAUUAAGCAGAAAAGUAAGUAUUCAGCUUUUUUUGGGAUGCAUUAUGGGACACUGAAUUGCAAAAUAUUGUAAAUGGCAA